GGUGGCCAUGGUGGAGACAGCAGCAGCUUCCCCACCCAGGACAAGGCCCAGAUGAGGAAACUGAGACCCAAAGAGAGACAGCAACUGGCCCAGGGUCACCAGCAUGCAGAUGCCUGCUAUGAUGUCUCUGCUUCUUGUGUCUGUGGGCCUCAUGGAGGCACUUCAGGCCCAGAGCCAUUCCAUCACACGACGAGACCUCUUCUCUCAAGAGAUGCCACUGGACAUGGCCCUGGCCUCCUUUGAUGACCAGUACGCUGGCUGUGCUGCUGCCAUGACAGCUGCUCUCCCGGAUCUCAACCACACGGAGUUCCAGGCCAACAAGGUGUAUGCAGACGGCUGGACACUGGCAAGCAGCCGAUGGCAGGAGCGCCAGGCCAGGGGGCCGGAGUGGAGUCUCAGCCCCACCUGUCCAUCCCCGCCACCCCUGGGCUUCCGCGAUGAGCAUGGGGUGGCCCUCCUGGCCUACACAGCCAACAACCCCCUGCACAAGGUGUUCAACACAGCCGUGCGUGAGGCAGGCCGCUCCCGGGCCCACUACCUCCACCACUUCUCCUUCAAGACACUCCAUUUCCUGCUGACUGAGGCCCUGCAGCUCCUGGGCAGGGGCCAGCGUCCACCUCGGUGCCACCAGGUGUUCCGAGGUGUGAACGGCCUGCGCUUCCGGCCAGCAGGGCCCGGGGCCACCGUGAGGCUGGGGGGCUUUGCUUCUGCCUCCCUGAAGAAUGUUGCAGCCCAGCAGUUUGGUGAGGACACCUUCUUUGGCAUCUGGACCUGCCUUGGGGCCCCUAUCAAGGACUACUCCUUCUUCCCUGGAGAGGAAGAGGUGCUAAUUCCCCCCUUUGAGACCUUCCAAGUGAUCAAUGCCAGCAGACCGGCCCAGGGCCCCGCCCGCAUCUACCUCCGGGCCCUGGGCAAGCACAGCACCUACAACUGCGAGUACAUCAAAGACAAGAAGUGCAAGUCUGGGCCUUGCCAUCUGGAUAAUUCAGCCAUGGGUCAGAGUCCCCUCUCUGCAGUCUGGUCUUUGCUGCUGCUGCUCUGGUUCCUUGUGGUGAGGGCCUUUCCAGACAGUCCAGGCCUCCUUUGAUGCAUGAGACACGGGAGACACGGGACAGCCUCGCCUGCUGCCUCUGCCCAUCCUGAGGAUGUUGGCCAUGUGUGCUUUCAGUGUAACCAAGAUUCCUGGCAACCCCAUCUGCAGGGAACUCUGGGACCUUCUCUGGUAGCUGCCAGACCUGCUGGUGGAGAAACAGGAGACAAUUUGGGGACUGAACCUUACCCAGGGCUCUAGGAAUGAGACUCUGAAUAAACAGUUGGGCCGGUGGUGUGGGGGGUACUUCAUGACAGGCAGCAACUCACUUGGAGAUAGAAGGGGUUCAGUGAUUUGGGGGGUGACUGGAGAGGAAAGCGCUUGGCCGUGAUACCUGCUGUUACUCAGAUGCCUCACGUGUCCAUCUGGAAAGCUUCUGUUCACUCCUCCAGGAAGCCUUCUGUGACCUCUCCCACCUGGCUGGGGUAGUGACCCUGCCUCUACGCUCCCACAGAGCCCUGGAUGCUUCCCUAUCCCACAUGCCCAUGUCUGUCUGCCACAUCAGACUGUGAGCUUCCUGAGGGAAGGGACUGGGUCGGAGGCACAGAGGUGGUGCCAGGAAAUGUGUGAAACUCAGAAAGGAACAAAUGCCUGUGAAUGGCUGGUCCCUGCACUGCCCCUGCCUUGGACACUGUCAAGCUCUCAAUGUCCGUGAGUGGGAAUGGGGUGGACGGUGCCUAACUCCAGCACACAGAGAGAAGGAGAGAUGGAAGAGAGAGCUCCAGUCCUCCAUUGGCACCUCAGUCAAAUCCCAUUCUCUUGUCAGCACAGAUGUAACUUCUGCUCUAAUCCAUGAGUCCUGAGGCUCCUCUCAUCAUAGCUCACUGUAGCCUCAAACUCCUGGGUUCAAGAGAUCCUCCCACCUCAGCCUCCCAAGUCGCUGGGACUACAGA